CUAGCGUGGGCUGCAUUUUAUGCAUCUCCGAACACCGUGGCGUCUUCCAUGUUAUGAUGCAAAAAAAAGCGUUAAUUAUAACCUCGCGAUUAGAAGCUGUCUUAUUUUUAAACCAGCCAGAAUCUCAUUACAAGAUAUUGCUACUGACUGUGUAAAACAACGGGUAUAAUAAAAAUGAAGUUUUCCGAAGGAGAUGUUGUACUUGCUAAACAUCCAGCCACAGCCGAGUAUCACGUAGGAAAAAUAUUAAGCGUGAGGGGCGAACAAUACAAAGUCCAGUUCGAAGCAGGCAAUGAACAUAGUGUUCAUUCCAACGACAUUAGGGUGAGCAGGCCAUCUCGGAGCGUGACAAGAUCUAGAAGUAAGGGCAGAAUGAGUCCCUCUCGAUAUUCUCCCAGCAGAAAAUCACCGAGUAGACGUUCACCUGGAAGACCUGCGUCAUCUGUGAAUAGAAAACUAAGGGGCAGACUUGCAAAAGUUACCAUACCACGAGUAGAAAUUAAGAAUGAUGUACCCAAUGAUGAAAAUAUUGUUAGCAAAAAAAGUAUAAAUGACAAUGACAGUCCUAUGGAAACGCUCCCUCUACAGUUUCGAUUAAACGAACUUGGAGUUACGCGUAGAUCGAUGAGAUUGUACUCUGCUACACUGAAACCUGAACCAGACCAUAAAACGAUUACGUUGACGAGAAAUAUUAACAGAGCUGCCUCGCUUCCUUUGGAAAGGAAGAGUCAAGUGCUUGACUUUAUUUAUGACACGAAAGAAAGAGGUCACUCAGUGCAAAGAGAUCAAACUCUGUUAAAACGACUGAAUUACGAAGAAGAUGUGAAAUUAGAUUCACAAGUAAUAGAAAAGCGCGAAAAAGAAAUAAAAAUGAUCCGCGAACCACAAGAAUGGGGAGGAUGGUUUGGCACUCUUAUUCUUAUAUUCUUGACACCCAUGCUUACGAUAUUACCACAACUGAUGUGUACAACAGAUCAGUGUAAAUUUGAGUAUCCUGAUAUACCCACAGAUUUAAAUUCUUACAUAAAUUUAAAAGCUUUUGUUACAUACUUGGGAUUCUUUUUAUUCGUGACUAUCGUUUCGAUCACUCCAAUCGGAAAAAAAGUUGAUGGACCACAAAGUAGAAUUGGAAGAUUGCAAUAUCGCUUAAAUGGAUUUUUGUGUGCUCUUUUAUCGUUAAUUAUAUUUAUCACUUGUAUAUAUAAAGAAUUCGAAGUCGGCGAUUUUAUUAUAGAAAAUUAUAUACAAUUUUCGAUCAGCGGUUGGAUACUCGGUGUAGUCUUGUCAUUAUUGUUAUUUAUAAAGGGAAGUAAAGCGCCAGUAGCAAAUCUCAAUAUAUAUGGAUCUACAAACAGUGUGAUCUACAAUUUUUGGCAAGGAAGGGAAAUAAAUCCACGAAUCGGUCCAUUGGAUAUUAAAAUGAACUUUUUCCGCACAGCCAUGAUAACUAUGAUUAUCAUAAACUUGGCUAUCGUCACGAAAGCAAUCGAAGAAGCCGAAAAUUAUAGUAUAGAACACCUCAACAUGAGUGUCCUACUAGUUGCCUCCUUACAAAUAAUUUAUUCAAUGGACGCACUUUUCUUUGAGUCUACAAUUUUGACGACUUUCGAAGUAAUGUACGAGGGAACUGGUUAUAUGUUGUGUACGGGUUAUAUGCUAUAUCCAUUUUUACCCACUCUUACGACUAAAUACAUGCUCUAUCACAAGGAACAAUUCAACUAUUGGCUUGCACUUCCUGCAAUCGGUUUUAUAAUUGGUUAUUUAUUGUACAGGAUUAGUAAUUCACAGAAAAAUGAAUUCAGGAAGAACCCCUUGUCACAGUCAUUGCCUCAUCUAGACACUAUUCCCACGAUUCGUGGUAAGAAGCUUAUAGUAUCUGGAUUGUGGGGUCACGUAAGGCAUCCAAAUUACUUGGGCGAUAUAAUUAUGUGGUGGUCGAUUUCGUGUACAAGUUUGGCAUGUGAUAUUCUGCCUUAUUAUUAUGCAAUUAUGUGCACCGUAUUGUUAGUACACAGAGCAAUAAGGGACAAUGAACGUUGUAAAAUGCGUUACGGUUUAGCUUGGGAACAGUACAUCUCACGUGUUAAGUACAUGAUUUUAUAUCGUAUAUUUUAGACCAAUGUACACACAAUAUAUGUAAGGUAUUGUUAGAUACCAAAUUGUGUCGCAAAGUUGUACCUUUAAAUCAUCUGCAAUGCUCAUUACUUUAUAGAACAAUUUUAAUAUGUUUAUGUAUUAAAUAAUCAACGCGAGGGCCCAAUAAUUAAGGAGAUCUGAAAACCAAAAAGAAUGACAAUGAAAUUUAAUAUUAGUUUUAAGUAUACAAUUUAUUCACUUUUUUUUUAAUUUCUAAGAUAAUGAGAGAAAUGCUAUUUUAGAAAAAGAUAAGAAUUAUCUAUAUACAAAAUGUUCAUAUAUUGGUAGGACCUACUCUAGCACUAGAAAACAAAAAAUGUUCGUAUGUUUAUACGAAUUUCUAUUUUAUUGUCUUCUAGUAGACAUAUUUCUAUAAAAAAGACAUUGAAUAAAAAUUGUUAUACUUUUAUACAGAUAUGUAUAAUCAACAAUUGACAAAUAAAUAAUUUUUCUAGCAA